CGAUCCGGUUGCAGCAAUUGUGAUGUAGUCCACCAAUCGGCACCUGGAUUGUCAAGGGGUGAACCACUGGAGCUGAUUUGCCUGGUCUGGAAUGUCUUCAUCCUUCUUUGCCAACGGGUCUAUGGGACGAACUCUGGGGGGGUGGAUGGGGUACAUGCCAGUCUCGACCGAGCGAAACCAAUGUUCCUCGUCAACUGUCGAAGGUGGAUGGAGGGUAGCGAGUCCACAUCUGUUGCUGUGUCUGAUGCAAGUGGGUGUUCUAGAAUGACCAAUCGAGCUCUCGACUCUUCAAUGUGAAAUUGGGAGCAGUGAGACCCCGUCUGCUGGCC